UUGUCCAUGAAGUUUUAAACGAGAGAAACCGUUUUGUCUUUGUUCUUUUCUCUCCUCUCCCACUGUUUAUAGAUCUCUCCCUAUCCUCUCCCAGUCCCACAGUCGAUUCCAGAUAUCCGAUUACUCUGAAGAUCUGCAAAUUUUUCUAACACAAUAGCAUUGGCCUCUCCUUAUUAUGAGCAAAGAUAGAGAAGGGAUAGUGGAAACACCACCACUCCCUCUCCAACCCCAACCCAGUAACAGCAGCAUCAACAUGACAGGAGUUUCUGUUAUGGAGAAAGGCGAAGAUCAAAAGAAUAGAGAGGAGGUGGUGAUGGCACACGCACCAGAUGAAGGGAUUUGCUCUUUGCUGGGAACCCGCAAAGGUGGAUACCUCAUUGGGAUUUAUGAUAGGCCUCUUUCAUUCUGCGGGUGUGGAGUUGGAUGGUUCUUCUUUGCUUUCGGAUUCGCCUUCCCGCCCCUUUGGUACUAUGCUACAGUUCUCUACUUCAGGAAUCAAUCCCUCAAGGACCCAAGAGAACGAGCCGGCCUUGCUGCAUCUGCCAUCGCUGUAAGAAACAAAAGAGACAUUCAAUCCUUUGAAUUUCCAUGUGUUUUAUGCCCAAAUUCAUAGGUUAGUGAUUAGACCACCCCCCCCCCCCAAUUUGAAUUGGUGUUACAGGCUUUAAUAUGUUCAGUGGCAGUCUUGAUUACCUUAUUUGCUGUAUACUCCUGAUUUCUCACCCUGUUGAGAACAGUUGGCAUUGGCUCAAGCAAGAAUGUAGAUGUAAAACUACAGC